AUGCCGUCUAGAAUCGCAACUCUUCUCAUUUGUCUCACUGUUUUAAGUGUGGUGAGCGCUGAUUACUUAUGUAAUUGCUAUUGUCCGACGAGUUCAACCUAUGCCGGAUAUGGUACCUAUUCGUCAUCGUCAACAACAUGUAGCUCACAAACUUGUGCGAAUGCGUGUGUGGGUACUUUUUCAGCCUGCGUAUUAGGCUCAACUUGGGGAUCAUGCCGAAAUGCAGGAAAUGGUUUGACUAUUCCUAUGCUCAGUUUAAUGAUGGGUUUGAGUGCAUGCUUCGUCAAAAGAUUCUUUUGA